AAACUUCGUCUCAAAAACAAAACAAAACAAAACCCAAUUUAUCAUCAGUGGUCACCUCAGAGCACCUGAAUUCAGUCCUUUAAGUGCAAGUAGGAUGCAGAAUUCUGGAAGGGCCAGUAAGUGUGUGGCUCCUUGGGGAAGCGCGAUCCAAGAGUUUACUAACCUAGGCACGGUACUCCAGAGGCGUACCCUGCGGCAGUCGCCAAAUUCUCUAAGCCUAAGAAUUCUUCAAGGCCAGUGUCAUGUCCACUAGAGACCCAGGAGUCAAGACCAUCAGGCACUGAGGAAGACGCCCCCAGCAGGGGCUGCGCAGGCGCGUGUGGCCCGAAAGGGCCCAGGCGUUCCGCGCUGCGCAGGCGCAGGAGCGGCUCUGGCUAGUCCCGACAGCGGCGCCGGUGACUGAGGGGCCGGGACGUGGCGAAGUGGUGGCGGCGGGCGGCAAAGGAGCAGCCAUGAGGGCCGGGCCCAGUCACCGACCGAGCUUUUGGUCGCCUCUUCUUUUCCGCUUAUUUCAGAGAAUGAUCGCGAGGGGAGGGUGGUGGAGGAUGAAAGCUCUGUUGGAGCUGAAGAAGCCACCUCUGAACCAGGCAGAGGAAGGGUGCUGAGGAGUCAUGGAAGAGUUUUUAAACCAGUGUGAGCCACUGCCCCAUGUUGUGUUGAUGCCGGUCUGCCAUGCUAGCCUGUCUACCAGGGCCAGGUGACCUGUCCUUUCAGCUUCUUUCUCACACGCAGAUGAACACUGGACUUCAGAAAUGGGACACUACACAGAAAAUGAGAACUGCUCACUACCCUACCCCAGCCGAAUUGGAUGCAUAUGCUAAGAAGGUCGCAAACAACCCACUGACUAUAAAAAUCUUCCCCAACAGUGUGAAGGUUCCCCAGCGGAAACACGUUCGUCGUACUGUGAACGGCCUCGACACAUCAGCCCAGCGCUACAGCCCCUACCCGACACAGGCUGCCACCAAGGCAGGCCUGCUUGCCAUUGUCAAAGUGCCAGCCAAAAGCAUACUCAAGGACUUUGACGGCACCCGAGCCCGGUUGCUCCCUGAGGCCAUCAUGAACCCCCCAGUGGCACCAUAUGCUACUGUGGCACCCAGCACUUUAGCCCAUCCCCAGGCCCAGGCUCUGGCCCGCCAGCAGGCCCUGCAGCAUGCACAGACCCUGGCCCAUGCCCCUCCCCAGACGCUGCAGCACCCUCAGGGUAUCCCGCCACCCCAGGCACUGUCCCACCCUCAGAGCCUCCAGCAGCCUCAGGGCCUGGGCCACCCUCAGCCCAUGGCCCAAACCCAGGGCUUGGUCCACCCUCAGGCCCUGGCUCACCAGGGUCUCCAGCACCCCCACAAUCCCUUGCUGCAUGGAGGCCGGAAGAUGCCAGACUCAGAUGCCCCCCCGAAUGUGACCGUGUCUACCUCAACUAUCCCCCUUUCAAUGGCGGCCACUCUGCAGCACAGCCAGCCCCCGGACCUGAGUAGCAUCGUGCACCAGAUCAACCAGUUUUGCCAGACGAGGGCAGGCAUCAGCACUACCUCAGUGUGUGAGGGCCAGAUCGCCAAUCCCAGCCCCAUUAGUCGCAGUCUGCUCAUCAAUGCAAGCACCCGGGUGUCGACCCACAGCGUCCCCACACCAAUGCCUUCACGUAUGGUCAAUCCCAUGGAGCACACCCAUGCGGCCACUGCCGCGUUGCCUGCUGCAGGUGCUGUCAACCUGCCCACAGGCAUCUCUCGCGCCCCCACUGGCUACCCUAGCGACUUCAAGCCAGUCACCUGGAACCAGCACCAGCUGGCCCACCUACAACAGAUGUGCAGCGAGGCUGGCGGGACGCCAGCCCCUGGCCUGACAGGCAAGCAUGCAGCAGGACGCGAGUUGGCAGGGCCUGGCUUUGUGGGCAAGGCCCCCGCCUACCCGCAAGAACUCUGCCUGGCGCCGUCCUUCCAUCUGAAGCCACCCCUGGAAAAGCCGACCCCAUCCCCACCAGUCAACGGCAUGGCAGCCCCAUUGGCCUACCCCAAUGGUCACUACUUCCAACCCCUGUGGAACAACAUUCUGCCCACUCCCAAUAGCGACAGCUCGGGGUCUCAGGACCUCGCCAUGCCGUUCCACGGUGGGCAGCCCACAGGUGCACCCCUCGACUGUGCGGCAGCUCCCGGGGCCCACUACCGAGCAGGGACCGGGGGCGGUCCAGUGGCAAGCCAGAACAGCUUGAUGCAGACAGUGGAUUACCUAAGUGGGGAUUUCCAACAGGCCUGCUUCCGAGAACAGAGCCUGGCCAUGCUGAGCAAGGCCCACCGAGCCCCUGGCAACCGAGCCCCCGAUCCCACAGAGAGUCGAAGUCUUCAUAUCCAGCACCCAGGGUAUAGAUAGGUAGCCCUGCUGCCCUCCACGUGCAACACAUCAUACAUCACCCUCCUAGGCUUAGUCUUUUAAGUAACUGGAUAGUUCCAAGGUUUCACUGCUCCAGUGUGAUCAUUCUUAGAUGUCUAAGAAAGGGAAUUUGGUGGGAUCUAACUGGGGACAGAAGGGGUCCUCUCAUCCUCCCCUCCAGCAACUUUUGGUUUUAUGUUAGAAGCUAACCGCAAGCUCAGGCUUUUCUCUCCACUGACUGCCUGUCAGCUAUUCUCCCCACCUUGGCCAUUUCCAGCCAGCUCCCAGCCAUCUUUUCUUGAACCUCUUCCUGUUUCCCUUAGGAUGACUGAGGUGUGGGCUGAGGGAAUGCCCUAGUUGAGGUAGUGGAGGUGCUCAGGCCCCUAAGCCAGACCUCUACCUGUUGCUACUGCCCUUCCCCUCCCCCCAGGACUAAGAAGCAAGAUUUCCCAAGUGCUCUGAAAGCUAAUUCCUUAUUCACCCAAAGAUCUCAAAUCAAAGCUGAUCCAGUCUUCAUGUCCUUCCAGUUCCUUUCCAUUCCUUAAGGCUUUGUUUUGUGUCUAUAUUGAUCCCACAGCCACUGCACUUGGCCAUGCCACACUUGAUCUCAAGGGCAUCUUGGAAGUAUUUGACCGUUUCGUGAGAUAUGGGGGAAAAAAGUCUUUUAGUGGCAUCUGGUUCCAGACUCCCCUUUCCAGACCUAGAAAAAUACAACGUACCCAAGUAUACCCAAGAUCCCUUUCUUACUGUUGCCUGUCCCCUAACUCACCUGCCUACAGCCCCUAUCCUUUCCCCUUCAACAAAAACAAAACCUACCUUGAGGAAUUAGGUAGGUAAGGAAUGAUCACAUUGGAGUUUGGGAUUAAAAACACCAAAAAAAAAAAAAAAAAAAAAAUUUGGUUCUCUCUACACUGGCUAAGAAUAUUGCUCUACACUGUAAUUUUAAAUGUUACGUUUCUGUAUGAAUGUAGUGUGGGUUUGAGUAGCAUUGUGUGUGAGUGGCCCCACAGGUACAUUCACCCUCUAGUGCAGCCCCUCAGUUUAAUGAAGAAAAAAAAAAAAAAAAAAAACACAAAGCCUUAAGCUCUUUGAAUACUUCCUUUACCAAAUGAGCAUGGUUCUAACACCUGGAGAUGGGCCUACAUUGGAAACAGCCCCUCCUGCCCUCUGUCCAUUCUUAGAGCAUACCUUCAUCCACUCCAUGCUCAGCACGUCUCAUCCCAAGCGACAGUUGGCUAGAAACACGUUUCUGUGAUUUUAAGUUUAGAUUGUUUUGUUACAAAUUUUUGCACCCUUCUGUUAAAGAUCAGAAUGGGCUUCUUUAUUUUUCACAGAUGAAAUAAGCCCUCACCUUUCCUCUUGUCUCUGGUAAAUGUCAGCUGAUGGUUCUCAUUUAAAGUUUUGCAUUUUGUUUACUAUCUACUACUGUUCGUUAGCCAGAAAUUCUCUAGUGAUCUGGAGCAAUGUGACUGAAGACCAGUUUUUAAGUUAUGUGUUGGCAAGUUGCCUUAUAUUUAAAAGGAAAAAGGAAAAAAAAAAAAAAAAAAGCCUGAUUGUGUUAUGCCAAAUGAUAGCAACAUGAAGUCCUAAUUUAUUGUUCCCAAUUGUUUUUCUGCUGUCUGUGAACACUGGUACCUCCCUGUCCUGAGCCCUCAGGAGCACCUGCAGCUUCUAGCUCAAUGCCUUCUCCCAAGGUGUUGGCCACCACCUCACCCCAGGGCCCUCUUCCAGUUCCUGCUUUUCUGAGUCAGAUUUAAAGAGCACCACUGUCUUUCCCCAUCCCUUGCUUGAUCUCCAAAACAGAUACUCUUGGCUGUAUUUUUUUUUCCUCCCCAGUACCUCUCCCUGAAAGGUGAGCUGCCAUCUUAGGAAAUUGGACCAGACACCAACUUGGGGGCUUUAAGUCAAACAACCUCAAACCCAUCUCUUCCUGUGUAGGGGUGCAAGUCUUUAAAACUCUCACUCCCGCCCCUAGUCUGCAUGGAAAAUGUACUGUGAUCCCCUUGCCCCUACUGCCCUCGCCUUUGGUGUGAGAUAUUCCCUCUAUCGGAGUUCAGCCUGAGUCCCUCUCCCCUCUGCCAGCCAACCCCCAGCCAGCAAUAAGGGUCCAAGCCAGGGCCUCCUUCCACACUCCCUGUCUCCAUCCCACACUACCCGAGGGAAUACCUGGAUUCCCCACUCUGUCCACAUACUGUAGCAUUCAUUCUCCAUCUCUCACCUCACCUGUGGUGGUUUAUGGGUGUGAUGGGGUUUUUAAGAUUAUUAUAAACCAGUAAAAGGAAAAAAACCU